CACGCUAUAUAUAUUCCUUAGCCUCUCAUACGUUCAAAUCUUUAGAGAGAGAGAGAGAGAGAGAGGAGAAAAGAGAAAACAGAGACAGAGCGCGAAGAACACAGAGAUGGCCCGUACCAAGCAAACUGCUCGUAAGUCAACUGGAGGAAAGGCUCCAAGGAAGCAGCUCGCUACCAAGGCUGCCCGUAAGUCUGCACCAACCACUGGAGGAGUCAAGAAGCCCCACAGAUACCGUCCUGGUACUGUUGCUCUUCGUGAAAUUCGUAAGUACCAGAAGAGUACUGAGCUCCUGAUCAGGAAGUUGCCAUUCCAGAGGCUUGUUCGUGAAAUUGCCCAGGACUUCAAGACUGAUCUGCGUUUCCAGAGCCAUGCGGUGCUCGCACUGCAGGAGGCAGCUGAGGCUUACCUUGUGGGUCUGUUUGAGGACACCAACCUUUGUGCCAUCCAUGCCAAGCGUGUUACCAUCAUGCCGAAGGAUAUCCAGCUGGCUAGGAGGAUCAGGGGUGAACGUGCUUAAGUGACCUGCCUCUGCAAUGAAGAUGGGGGGUUGGUUGUGUGGGGUGGCUGCAGAUGGAUGGGGUUGAUAUGUAAAAUGCUUAAUUGGGAAAGAAAGGAGGUGUUUUGUUUGGUACUGUUAUUAUUAAGUCAGAUCAGAUAGAUAGGCGGUAGGUUUGGUACAAGUUUGUAGUGAAUAUCCUUAUAGGCAAACACUCUUAUGAAUUGAUGUGCUUUUGGGUGUUUUGUUUCUUAGAUUGAGGAACCUUCAAUUUGUUGGUCCACACUUAAUUGUGUUUUUGUUAUUUUGGUUGUCUGCAGCCUCACUAAUGUGGUAUGAACAAUAUUUCAUCUAAUUUAGUCUUAAGUUUGUAUU